UUUGUCAAAUUGUUUUGAAAGCCAAACUGAGCUCCAUUCCAAACCCAGGUUAGCCCAACACCACAGUCUGAGUGCCAGAGAAGGAGACACAUGGCAGUCCAUGGACCCUUCUUCAGACAGCCACAGGUAGUAACAAUGAUGUGGAUGCUUAUCGUAGUCCUAGGUAUGUGUGGAGGACAUGCCACGGGCUGGACAUAUCAUGCCUCCACAUAUACCAUGAACUGGACCAUGGCAAGAGAGUGGUGUUGGAUUAACAACCACACAGACAUGGUAGUCAUCCAAAACCAGGAAGAGAAUAAUUACCUCCUCAACAUCUUGCCUGAUAGAACUGGGUCUCCGUAUUACUGGAUCGGAAUCAAGAAGAUCAAUGGAAACUGGACAUGGGUCGGAACCAACGGAACGUGGGUUGGGAAUUCUUCCUGGGCACCCAACGAACCCAAUAACAAACUGGGUGAGGAGUGUGUUGAGAUGUACGUCAACAAAGGGAACAGCGAGAAUAACGGGAAGUGGAACGAUGAUAUGUGCUCAAAUCUCAAAUACUCGCUAUGCUACAGAGACCAAUGCAACCAAACAUCAUGCAUGGGACAAGGGAGAUGUUUGGAGACCAUCAACAAUUUUACCUGUGUGUGUGAACCUGGGUUUGAGGGACACGUUUGCCAAACAGCUAAGGGAUGUGACCCCUUAUGUCUACCUGAUGGGUUUGUGAACUGCUCUGCUGUCAACUUUACUGUCAACUCUACAUGCCGAUUGAGCUGUGAGAAGGGGAACCUACUGCUGGGAUCCCCAGAAGUCAGCUGUGGCACGGACAGGGUCUGGACUGCAGUCUGGGGCGAUGACAUCUGGAGCAGGAUCUGGGUCUGGAGCGGGAUCUGGGUCUGGAGCGGACAAAGGCCAGUUUGUGCAAGUUAUCAGCAUGUCCUAAUGGCUGUAGCUGCUGGUUGGAUGCUCUCAAUGUCCUGCUGCAUCUGCUGUUGUUUCAAUCACAGAAAAAAAAAAAAGCAUGCUCAACUAAGGGAACCAGAUGAGGGUGUGACGUCAUCCAACGAGACAGGGGACAACUGAUGGACCUCUGAGACUUCAUACAUUAUGUCAAUCUACCUAUUAUUUCAACAUACUGUGUGGAUUAGUCCACAUCAAAUACAGUGCCUUGCGAAAGUAUUCGGCCCCCUUGAACUUUGCGACCUUUUGCCACAUUUCAGGCUUCAAACAUAAAGAUAUAAAACAU